AUGGUUUAUCUUAUUGGAAUUGAUUUCUUAAAAUCUAAUGUUUUCAUACCAGUAUCAACUUUUGAUUCUGAUUUCACUAAAGGAUUUCGACAGAUAAAUAAUAUUAUAAUUGUACUUAAAGUUCCCGAAGAAGUGAAAAGUUAUUCGACAGCCCUGCUGAAUCUCAUCGAAAGCACUCCAUUAAUAGCUAGAGUUCAUUUAAGAAGUGAUUCAGCGACACUGUGUUUCAUUGGAAUUGAUGCUGAAUUUGUGACGGAAUUCUUGAAAACGGGUUUAUCAAUACCAAUAUUGACUUUUGAUGCUGAUUUCAAAGAAAGAUUAAGGCAAAGCAUUAAUGUUGUUAUUGUUUACCAAGUACCUGAUGAAGACUACAAACGUUCGAAACAGCAGCUGACAAAUUUCUUCAAAGACCUUCAAGUUCGGAAAUUCGUUAUAAUAUCUACCAAUACCUUACAUAGUUUGACUGAGUACUUUUCCUACUUUGCUGAGCAAAAGUUUACAAGGAUCUUUGGAGUUGUUGGGAAUAAAUCAUCUUAUGCAUACCUUCCUUUUGCUGAAAAUCCUGUUCGAGAAAUUUCUGACAAUGCUGAUGGUGACCUUAUAGAUGCUUUUAAAGAUCUUAAUGGUUUUGCAUUUCGAACACUAAUUUUUACCGAUAUUCCCAGAACUUUUUGGUAUCGACAAAAAAGUGGUAAAGAUCGUAUUGGAGGUCGAAAUGGUCAAAUAUUUGUGGAGUUUCUAAACCGGCAUAAUGCAACAUUUGAGGAAGUCCUUUCCAACCAAACGAAUGAGUUCUUUUUUGAUGUUAUUAUCAAUGCAACCCUUAACAACUACAUCGAUAUUAGCAUGAAUGCAUUUUUUCGUCAGGAGAACCUUGACAUCAGUUAUCCAAUUACAAUUGAAGAAAGUGUAAUAAUGGUUCCAUCAAAUGGAUAUUUGGACCCUUUUGAUUACUUCGCGAGGCCAUUUCAAACAGCUGUUUGGAUCUGUAUUUUGUUCACUCUCAUUUUUAUCACAGUUUCGAAAAUAAUUUUGAACUACUUGACAACUUCAAGAUUAAAUAUUUGGAGAAGUUUUAGUGAAGUUUAUUUAACAUUGCUGAGUUCUUCAUCAGGCAGAUCAAUAUCAUCGAACUAUCGCCUUCAUUUUCAAAUUCUUGUUCUAGCAUUUGUUUUACAAAGAUUAUAUGAAGUUCAUUUUCAAUCAUUUCUAACAGCUUACAUUAAAAUAAAACAAUACGAUACAAUUCAAGACCUGGUUGAUAACAAAAUUCCUGUAAUGAUUUCCGAAUUUGAAUGGAAAAGAAUCAAAAAUGACUUUUAUCCAAGAAAUUUUGACAAAAUUGCUGUUCCAACUGAUACUUUGGAAUAUAUCAAUCAAUGUAUUUCAAUGGAAAAUACAAGUUACUCCUAUGUCAUUGAUGCUGAUCGAUUACAAUAUCUUCUAAAUUAUCAAUCAUUAUUUGGAAAGAAUUUAUUUCGUAGAGCACGAGAAGCUAUUAAUAGUUAUCAUGUUGGUUUUUUAAUGACAUUUAAUUCACCAUUUAAGGAAAUUUUAAAUGAUUUCAUUAUUGAGAAGAAGAAUAUGGAUGAUGUUGAACAUUUAGAAAAACCAUUGACAAUACAUCAUUUGAAAUUUGUUUGGUGGUUUUUGGCCAUUGGAUUGAUAUUUUCGGUGUUAAUUUUUGUAAUUGAAUGUGCUGUGUACAAAUUAAGGAAAAUGUAA